AUGGCACGAAAAUACACCAACAAGCUCGAGGGCAAGUCUGUUCUAGUUGUCGGCGGAACUUCCGGGAUUGGAUACGCCGUCGCAGAAGCAAGCGUCGAGUACGGCGCUAAUGUCGUUGUGGCGAGUCGGACCCAGGAGAAAAUUGACAGCACGAUCAAAAGACUCAAGGAGUCGUACCCGAGUGCUGCGGACAGAAUCCGAGGUCACGUCGUCGAUCUUCACAGCGACGACUGCGAAACUAGCAUCACGAUGCUGUUUGAGUAUGCGACCAAUGGUAGGAAGGACUUGGUGGAUCACGUCGUGGAAUCUGCCGGAGAGUUCCUCGCCAACUCGCCCACGCUCCAGGACGCCACGCCAGGCAACAUUACAGACUUCGCGCGAACCCGCUUUAUCGGCGUAUCUAUCCUAGCCAAGGUGGCAGGGAGCUAUAUGAAAAAGGAAUACACCUCAUCGAUCACCAUGACGAGUGGCGUACUGGGCUACAAGCCAAUGCCUGGCUUCGGCAUCAAGGCCGGCUUAGUCGGUGCCAAGGAAUCGCUGGCGAAGGGUUUGGCUGUCGACAUGGCGCCUAUCAGAGUGAAUCUGGUGGCACCGGGUGCCGUACAAACUCCGUUGCUGGACCAUGCCAGUGAGAAUAUCCCGAUGGAAAAGGAAGCUGUGGCCAAUAUGUACCGGAGCUCUACCCUCUUGGACAGGAUCGGAGACCCGGAAGACCUGGCAGAGGCCUACCUGUCAAUGAUGAAGAACUACUUCAUAACCGGAACUACCAUCAACGUGGAGGGUGGCUUUUUGUUGAAGUGA